CGACUCCUGAGCGAAAUUCCCCGUUUUCAAAGGUUAACAACUAAUUCCACAUUUUAAAAUGCACUGUUUGUAGACGUGGCCUGCGGCCGGGAGCGCUCACACGAGAUUGUUGGGUGCUCCCCAGACAGAGCUCGCGACUUGUUCGACCCGCACCAAGUUGCCGAAAUAAAAAUGUGGAUUUUGUGGCCCCCGAAGAAGAGAGGUCCGGGGGAGGCGGACGAUGGAUCCGUGAAUAUGCGUCUAACUACGUUUUGAACACCAGCUACCUGUUAUGUUAGGUGCGUAGUCUGUUUUACGUGCAAUGUCUCAUUCGGGCCUGUGAAGUCGGUAUUCAAUAUACGCACGUUAAAAAUAAUCACCAUCAUCAUCCGAGAGGUUGAGUGCUUGACCAAAAGCGCCCAGUGGAAAUGGCCAAGCCAGACCUCCAGUCUCUGAAGCUACUAACCGCUCUCAGGAGACCCUCGGCCUGGGUUUCUCCAUCUAUUUUUGAAAGAAAUCUCCUUCCAAGAUCUCUAACCAGGCUGUGCGUCCCUUGAUUCUCCGCGGAGCGGGAAAGAAGAGCCCGCCUGAUUCACAGGGCCCCCUCCCCGAGUCCUGUGCGCACGCUCGGGUCGGCCAGCCGCCGGGAGCCGGGCAACGUGGGCACCGCUCUAGCCGGCAGGGCGCAGUCGCCCGCGUCUCGCUGGUGAUGACGCAUGUCCUGGGCGGUGGAGAAAGCAUGAUGGCGGCGCCCGUGGAGGUGGCCGUGUGUACCGACUCGGCGGCCCAGCUGUGGAGCUGCGUCGUGUGGGAGCUGCACUCGGGCGCCAAUCUGCUCACAUACCGCGGCGGCCAGGCCGGGCCUCGCGGCCUGGCGCUGCUCAAUGGCGAGUACUUGCUGGCGGCGCAGCUGGGCAAGAACUAUAUCAGCGCCUGGGAGCUACAGAGGAAGGACCAGCUUCAGCAGAAGAUCAUGUGCCCCGGACCGGUCACCUGUCUUACCACGUCGCCCAAUGGCCUCUACGUUCUGGCAGGGAUCACAGAGAGCAUAUACCUGUGGGAGGUUUCCACGGGGAACCUUCUGGUCAUCCUGAGCCGCCACUACCAGGAUGUGUCGUGCCUACAGUUCACGGGGGACAGCAGCCACUUCGUCUCGGGGGGCAAGGACUGCCUGGUGCUGGCUUGGAGCCUCUGCAGCGUGCUGCAGGCAGACCCCUCCCGGACCCCCGCCCCCCGACACGUGUGGUCUCGCCACACCCUCCCCAUCACAGACCUGCACUGCGGCUUUGGUGGGCCCCUGGCCCGGGUGGCCACUUCCUCGCUGGACCAGACAGUGAAGCUGUGGGAGGUCUCCUCCGGCGAGCUGCUGCUGUCUGUGCUCUUCGACGUGAGCAUCAUGGCCGUGACCAUGGACCUGGCUGAGCAUCACAUGUUCUGCGGUGGUAGUGACGGCUCCAUCUUCCAGGUCGACCUCUGUACCUGGCCCGGGCAGAGAGAGAAGAGCUUCCAGCCGGAGCAGGACCACGGGAAGGUGUUCAGAGGGCACAGGAACCAGGUGACCUGCCUGUCAGUGUCCACGGAUGGCAGCGUGCUACUCUCGGGCUCCCACGACGAGACGGUGCGCCUCUGGGAUGUGCAGAGCCAGCAGUGCCUCAGGACGGUGGCUCUCAAAGGCCCCGUGACCAACGCCUGCAUCGUGCUGGCGCCCGUCAGCAUGCUGAGCUCCGACUGCAGGCCCAGCCUGCCCUUGCCGCACUUCAACAAGCACCUGCUGGGCGCGGAGCAUGGGGACGAGCCGCGCCACGGGGGCCUCACGCUACGCCUGGGCCUCCACCAGCAGGGGUCAGAGCCCAGCUACCUGGAGCGGGCGGAACAGCUGCACGGGGUGAUGUGCAGCACGUUGGAGAAGAGCGUGCUGGGCGGCCAGGACCAGCUGCGGAUCCGCGUGGCAGAGCUGGAGGACGAGGUGCGGAACCUGCGCAAGAUCAACCGCGACCUCUUUGACUUCUCCACGCGCAUCAUCACUCGGCCGGCCAAGUGAGCGCGUGCACCCGACCCCGGCCAAGGGAGGCCCAGUGAGCAUGCGCACAGCCCGGACCCGCGCCCGGACCUGCCCCCUGGGCUCCCCCCGGGACCCUCCCGACUGGCUGGCAGAGCCCGAGGCCCAAGCCCAGCCUCUGCCAGCGUCCUGUCAUUUGGAUUUGCCACCCCCACCAGGGGUCGUGGUCCAGUGUUGACCCGCUGUCCUUCCGUGGCCUCCCGUGUCAUGUUGGUGCUGUGCCACAUCUAACAAAAGAGCUGAAACCCUG